AUGGACAUUGCAGCGCUUCAAGAGACAUGCGGCUUCCACAGUCGGGAAUCUUUCAUGAGGGAGAGAGUCCACUUUCUUCUGGCGGGAAAAGGCAAGGACAAUGUCAAAGAGCAAGGGAUUAACAACGAACUAUUUCGGCUUCGAAUGGACAUUGCAGCGGUUCAAGAGACAUGCGGCUUCCACAGUCGGGAAUCUUUCAUGAGGGAGAGAGUACACAUUCUUCUGGCGGGAAAAGGCAAGGACGAUGUCAAAGAGCAAGUGAUUAACAACGAACUAUUUCGGCUUCGAAUGGACAUUGCAGCGGUUCAAGAGACAUGCGGCUUCCACAGUCGGGAAUCUUUCAUGAGGGAGAGAGUACACUUUCUUCUGGCGGGAAAAGGCAAGAACGAUGUCAAAGAGCAAGUGAUUAACAACGAACUAUUUCGGCUUCGAAUGGACAUUGCAGCGGUUCAAGAGACAUGCGGCUUCCACAGUCGGGAAUCUUUCAUGAGGGGAGAGAGUACACUUUCUUCUGGCGGGAAAAGGCAAUGA